GCGCGCUCUUUCAAACCCGCCGUCUCGGCGUCGGGGAGCGCAGGUCACUUCCGGCGUGGCCAUGGCGGCUAACGCGACCACCAACCCGUCUCAGCUGCUGCCUCUAGAGCUUGUGGACAAAUGUAUCGGCUCAAGAAUUCACAUUGUGAUGAAGAGUGAUAAGGAAAUUGUUGGCACGCUUUUAGGGUUUGAUGACUUUGUCAAUAUGGUACUGGAAGAUGUCACUGAAUUUGAAAUUACACCAGAAGGAAGAAGAAUUACUAAAUUAGAUCAGAUUUUGCUAAACGGAAAUAACAUAACGAUGCUGGUUCCUGGAGGAGAGGGACCUGAAGUAUGAAUGGAUGUCCUUAUCGUUUGUUGGAUUCUGUUUUGUUAUAAUGUCAAUAAAACAUGCUUUUUUAAAAAAAAAUAAAAGACAAAAAAUUUUCAGUGUUUGGAUUUAAUUGAAGCCAAGCUUCCCGUUGAAGGGAAGCGCUUUAAAAAUGUAAAUGCCUAUUUUGUAAGUUAAUCAUUAUUGUAUUAGAAAAAAGAGGUUGUUCUUUGUAGACUAAA